CUUCUCGCGAUAUCUCGGGAACAGGAAACAUGGCGGACGAGAAUGGACGGAAGUGGGAUCGGUGCCUAGCAGACGCCACAGUGAAAACCGUAACUGGCCUGGGUGUGGGGAUCGUCCUCUCUGUCCUUCUCUUUAAAAGACGCACAUGGCCCGUCUCCUUUGGUGCAGGUUUGGGUUUGGGCAUGGGCUACUCCAACUGCCAGAAUGACAUCAGGUCGCCGUACUUGAUUCAUGGCCGUGUGGUAAAGGACCAGCAGUGAAGGAUUAAGGAGGAUGUGGUUUCACCACAUAAGCAUCUGUUUCAUGUUGCCCUACUAAUGUGGCUCUGCCACCAAUGUUGCCUCACUUAUGGCACUCCAUGUAUAUUUAAUAAAGUGACUAAAGAGGA